UCAGUCUCACCCAUAAUAUUUGUAGCUUACAUGGGUCGCUUGAAUAAACAAAACGGAUCACUGUCGCGUUUUUGGGAAUUAUAAGAUAUGUCGCCUCUCGUGAGCGUUACUAACACAUCGCAACGCUUUUGUCGUCGUUACCAGCGCGUUUAAACCCACCCCGUUGAGCGCGAGAGCGUCGUACAGAGCGCUAAAUAAAGGAAUUUAGUUGCUGAUCAAGACGGAACUGACAGUUUGGGCUGCGAAAAUAUGGCAGAGUUGCACGUUGAGCUCAACGCUACUGGCAUCAUCGAGCAGAGCGAAAAUCAUUGUGAAAUCAGAGGCUCCAUGAAUGUGAGACUGCCUUCGCCCACUCUGGUGAUUCCUUCGCCCCGGAGUGGCUUGUCCAGUCCCGGGGUCUCCGGUUCAAGAGCAGUGAUUGGGUUCCCAAUGAAGAGCAACCCCAGUUCCCCAUCGUCAGAAGCCUCAGAGAAGCCAGGAUCUCGGUGGGUUCGGCUGAAUGUUGGAGGAACCUACUUUGUCACAACGAAACAGACCCUGUGCAGGGACCCCAAGUCGUUUCUAUCUCGAUUAUGUCAGGAAGAUCCAGAUCUGGAUUCGGAUAAGGAUGAGACAGGAGCAUAUUUGAUUGACAGGGAUCCCACAUAUUUCGGACCAAUCUUGAACUACUUGAGGCAUGGGAAAUUGAUCAUCAACAAGAACCUUGCUGAGGAGGGUGUUCUGGAGGAAGCCGAGUUUUACAACAUUGCAUCACUUGUGAGGCUGGUGAAGGAGAGAAUACGAGACAAUGAGAACAGAACGUCUCAGGGCCCUGUGAAGCAUGUGUACCGUGUAUUACAAUGUCAGGAGGAGGAACUUACUCAGAUGGUGUCCACCAUGUCAGACGGAUGGAAGUUUGAACAGCUCAUAAGUAUCGGCUCCUCCUAUAACUAUGGCAACGAGGACCAGGCAGAAUUCCUGUGUGUUGUUUCCCGGGAGCUCAACAACUCUACUAACGGAAUUGUUAUUGAACCCACUGAGAAGGCAAAGAUCCUUCAGGAGAGAGGGUCCAGGAUGUGAGGAGCCUGGUGCCUGAGCCCACACAGAUCUCCCAACUAUCACCUCCUUUCUCCAGAUCCUCCUCCACCACACAGCUGACUCCAAGUUCAUCAGCCCACCACCCCUCACCUCACCCUCCCCUCCUCCCUUGUGCCUUUCCACUGUGGGGGUCUCAGUCCCCCUCCUCCCUGCAGUGCUGCAACAUUAACCAAUCAGCACCAUCACUAACUAUCAAUGCUAUUAUCGACUAAUCAAAAGUGUGUGUGAGGUUAAACCUCAGACCACCAUCCCUGAUGCAAGACUGCUCAGAGAGGAUUACAGGGAAGGAUUUAUCAUUCUUCAUCAUGCUUAUUUUUGCAGCCUUCAUUAUCAUCAUCAUCCUAUCCAAGUCAUUUUUUCAUCAUUUUUACAGCUGCUGGCUUUAAAGUUUAAUAGGGUUCAAUUGCCCCGGUUAGCUUGGCUGUGUCCAUAUGACCAUAAUCUCCUCAGGACUUCCAAAGGCGUGCAAGAUAGACAAAGCAGAACUCGCUUCCCCUGACCUUCAUUACAGCUUCUCUUAACAAGCACAUUAACUUACACUGUAAUAUUAGCAGUCACAUUCACUCUCUGACUGAUCGUCAUCAUUUCAGUAUUUAUUUCCCAUUGCCUGGUGAGACCGAGAGCACAGCAGAUGGUGCAAUGGAGAAAACGAAAACAGCGGCUUUUAAACAUGCAGUAUUUUGUCUUCAGAGUGGCAUGUUCCUUUUGUUUAUUCUACUCAUUUACACGUCUGGAGAGGAGAAGGGAGAACUCAUACUGCCAAUUGUCCGGUCAGAUGCCCCACAUGUAUGUCCAUUGCAGUGAAUCACAAGAUGCCUUGCAUUUCUGAUUCGCUCGUGUUGAUUUCGGUCAUUCUGGAAAUGAUUUUUUAUUUUUAUUUUUUUUUGCCUUGUGGCUACAGAUAUUUCAAUGCGUCUAAACAGGAAAUACAAAACAGAAGAAAUAUGUGGUUUUAGGGCAUAAGGAUUACGUAUAUUAAAAACGUAUGUAUUAUGAGGAGGCUCAAUGCAGUUCAUGUAAUUGUUGAUAUCUGUUUCAUAGUGGUUGAUUCUUGUGUUUAUCAAAAUACGUUUCUCUAUCUGAAAGGGGGUGGUUCUGAAUCAACCUUUAAUGUACUUUUUUUAAUACCUGGUCACCGAGAUGUACAUUUUGUUUGUUGUGUUUUCCUUCAAACUCUGUCGAUGACUGGAAAAAAACAAAACAAAAAAACAGGAGACUUCUGUAGAGGUAUCAAGCCUACAUAGUACAGGUAGUUCAGGAGACUGUUGUUGGCAAAAUGUCCACAAGUUUUGAGUCAGGGCAAAACUGCUUUAGUGGCUGUUUGUUAGUUAAAGCUAUCCAUAUUUGACACUUUUCUGACAUUUUAAAUUAUGACCUAGUCCUUCCUGUAAUACCAUAACAUUUUGGCUAUUUAACUGUUUAACUCAUCCUUUAAAAUAAGUCUUAUCUCUACAAUGGAAUGUUGUUGAACGUAAAGGGCUCCAUUUAUUGUGGACAUCAAAAAAAAAUAUUAUGUAACGUAUCACUUCAGGUAAAUCAUUUUAUGUUUGCUUCAUUUUGACAUCGAUGCUGGCAUUUUGUCCUCUUCACUGGUUGCCCUCAAUGUUUUACGCAAUUCUUCUCUCCAGUAGCAGAUAAAUGUUUAUAUAUACUUUCUAAUUCAACUGUGUCUACAGAAGCGAUCCAUCACAAAUGGACAAUAUUUGGAAAUAUGUCUCAUUAAAUAGUAUCGUCCAGGCUGUAUAACGCAUGCCUGAAUUUAUAAUUUUUUUGGUUGUUCAUAUCUAUUGAUAAACUGUCGAUUGAUCUAGGGGUUAGUCUCAUGUACAGAAAGCAUCAUGUACAUUGGCACUGAUGUUUUUAGGGUCUGCAGUGUUAAAGUGUUGUCUCUUUAAUUGUGUUGGGGAUUUUUGCCUCCUUAUCACAUCAAACUCAUGUCUUUUUGUUUAUCAUAUCAAGAAGACAAUGUACUUGAGUUUGCGAGCUAUGGUAUGCUUGGUUUGCUCGUUUUUUGUAUGUGAUGGCUGGCCUUCCCUUUCUUUGGUUGUGCUGAUGUUUUCCCUCUACUAGAGAGAGUUUAUUUGUUCAGCCCCAAUUGUUAGUUAUUGAGGCUCCUAUAACAGGACCUCCCCUCUGUCACAGGAUCUUCUUGUACAUUCCUAUUGUUCACAGUGACCGAUAGAUUUCAGAUCUGGUUUCAAAUCAGAAUCCUGGAUUCAAAGGUGGCACUGUUAGUCUCUCUCCUUCCCUGUUGUUUGUCUAGUGUCGUGCCUUUGACCUGUCGUUCCCUACUUCUGUUCACUCUUAAAUUACUCUUACAGAUGGUUGAGAAGCAGACUAAUAGAACACAAAGGUCCGUUUGUUUUUCAUUUGUUCUCACUCUUAACAAUCAGUUCUGUUCCUUGAUUUGGAUACUGAAUGUACUGUUGAGCCCUUUUUUCCCAGUUUGUUACUGUUCUUGUUCCUGUAAUUUAUGUUAUGUGCCUACCUAUCUGUAUUUGGCUUUUUGACUCCUGCCCAAAUGCACUUUUUUUUUUAUUUGGGCCCUUUAUUUUGCACCUACUUGCAUAUUUGCUGUAAAUCCUAGAUUUUUUUUUUAUGUUCUCAUUAUAUGGAUUUGUUUUUAGGUUUUGUUUUAUUUUAAAAGUUGAACCCUGAUACAUGGCAUAAGAAAAUGCCAUUUGCAGUCUCAAGUUUUAUCUUCGCCAGUUCGGGAAACUGAUAUGGUUGUCACGCUGACUGCUACUUCUUUCCCGAAAAUGUACAGCACUUGAGACUGUGAGACUUUGUGUCGCUUUGUAUCUUCCCUAUAGAAAUCUGCCAUUGUCCUUUACAUCUUGUGUCCCAUCUGAAUUGUUUAGGAUCAAACAAAAAGACAUAUAUAGAUUAAAAAUAUAUUUUCUUUGUGGGGGAAAAAAAUUGUGAAAAGAUAUGUGCUAUUCUAAAUAUCCAAGGGGUUAAGGGAUACAUGUUGUGAAACACCAACUUGGAAGCAUGCAAUGUGUUGAGUAUAUACAGUAAUGUCAUAUGCUGGGAUUUUGUCAUAUUGUAAAGGUAAAUUGGUGCAUGGACAGUUGACAGAUGGUAUUAAUAACAUUUGAGAAGUGGCGCUUAAAAACUGCUGGUCUGCUGCUCUCGACAGAAAAUCCUGGCCCUAAAAUGUUUAUUUUUGUUUCUGUUUUAUAGAAAUCAAUUUAAUCACACACACUACUAUGGAAUAAACUUGCUUGCUAAGGCUAAAUAUGCUUAUACAACACUCUUUGUAUUUGGUAUAAAGUAUAUAGCCUUCAACUGAUGUUUUGGAAGUAGGCCAGAAGUGCAGUCCUCUGUCAAAGUCUUUUAUAAAAGUGUUAAAAAAAAAAAAAAAACACACCUGCAUGCUUUUUUAUACAGUACACACACAUUUUAAUGUGCUGAAAACCUGCUCUUACAUCAGAUGUUUUGGGUGUAUUUCAUUGUCAACAGUAUUGAUGUAAAGUGUCAAAUAUGUCACUAGACUUUGGAGAUUGUGGAGCUAAGUGUUCUGGAAAUGAAUAGUUUUGAUCAGACGGUCCCUAAUUUUUUUUUCUUUUUCAUUUUUGAAGUUUGUCUUCUGAUGCAGUUUCUUGCAAUGUACAGAUUGCAAAGAUAUAAUGUAUGAUUUUUAUCAUAAAAUGUGUUUGUGUUUCAAAGUUGUGUGGUGCUCAUUCUUUUCAGUUGUGUAUAUUAGAACAAAAUAUUAAAUAUAGGGUUCCCUCACCUUUUGAGCAAUGAAUUUCCAUGACUUUUACAGUCAUGAUUACUGAAUAAUGUUUUUUUUUUUUUUAUUAUUAUUCCUGUCUUAGAGAUUGCACUCAAGAGUCAUUUCAAGCUGACAAAAUAUGUCGGAGCUGAGCAUAACUAGAAAAAUGUACAUGUUCCCUAUUUAAAUUUCCAUCACUUUUCCAUGCCUCGAAAUCACAAUUUUAAAAAUCCCUUAUUUCUAUGUCACAUUUCUAUGUGUUUUAACCUAAAAGCUGCUUAAAAUUAGUCUGAAUUGACAUUAAAGAUGACAGUAAAUGG